GGCAGCGCCCGCCCCUUCCGCUUCCCCUBGGCCCGCGGAGCCGCCGCCGGAGCCAUGAUCGGGGACCUGCUGCUCUGCGGGACGCUGCUGGUGAACGCCGGUGCCGUGCUCAACUUCAGGCUGAGGAGGAGGGACACGGAAGGAUUCGGAGAGGAGCCGAGGGAACCCACGACCGGUGACAAUAUCAGAGAGUUCUUGCUGAGCCUCAGGUAUUUUCGAAUCUUCAUUGCCUUAUGGAAUGUCUUCAUGAUGUUCUGCAUGAUUGUGUUAUUUGGAUCUUGAAAUCUACUCAUGGACACCUUGGAGGAGACUUUUGGCUGGGAACAAAACUUUUCUAGAAGUAAAAGAUUCUGAUGCUUUCCAACUGCAGCCCCAGGCUCAUGGAGGGUCAGGACACGCUYGUCCCCUCCAGAUUCCUUCUCUGCCAGGGCUUUGGGCCACAACUUUCACACAAAUUAUCUCAACUUCACUGAAAGAGAACUUUAACYUGGUUUUCUAAGCUCAAAGUGAGGGGAACAGGGGAGAAUUGGAGCUGCAAUCCUGAAUUUUAAACCUCUGCAUUGCCAGGGCCAGCUCUGGCUGUGCCAGCUCGUGUCACCYCUGUCCAGGUCACCUGCAAGCCACACUCCUCAGUUCUCAGUUUUGUAUAAAAGUUGAGCAGAGUGUUCUUGUAACGUCUCACUAUUCCAUUUGUUUUGUUGRAGRAGU